CUCCUCUCCAAUAGUAUGACGUUUGAUUGUGCCAAAAUGUGUGACCAGAACCAGGACAAAGCCCCCGAAACAUUCACAAGUACGAAGCAAGAAAGUACGGACACGACAGCCAUAGUAGAAGCCUGUUGAUUUGCAGAAUGAUUUGAACAGUUAAAUACAUUAGAACAAGAUCCAUACCGCAAAACCAACUCCAAUUUCAAGCCCAUUUGCAGCGUUUGUGAAGCGACGGCCGUACCGGCUGCGGGCGUAGUGUAUGAGAAAAGCUUUAAAUUUAACUUUAGGUAAAUUGUAAAGGUUUAUCAAACAAUUUAACAAUUAAAUCGCCUGCAUUGAUUGACGCCUGGUAUGUAAACAACCACACGCAGAGAGAAACACAGUGUUUUUGGCCUGGUGUGCCUGUGCAAGCGCCUCAAGACACAAUGUGUGCGGGCUGAAAAUGAGUCGGAAAACCUCCCUUAUUUUCGGUCCAUUUGCACAUUUCGGCGUCUUUGAUUCACACGCACGAUUGCUGGCACGGAAAAAAGGAAAAACUCUGAUUUUGUAAAGUAAUAACAACAUUUGCUUACAUCUCCCAAUCCCGCUCCUUUACCCAAAAAAAAAGAGAAGAAAGUAAAACAAACACAGACACAAAAAGAGGCGAACAAUCGCGUAAAAAAAGAGCAAAACCAUAUUAUUAACUUGCGUAACGUUAAGCAUGCAAAUUGAAUCGAUGCAUUGAACUACCAUACCAUAUUUAAAAGUCAUUAUUUAAGUCGAAUUUAUAUACAUAACAUAGAUAUAUGCAGUUGGGUUGCGUGAACGUGUAACUAAACGUGUGUGAGGGUGUCUUUUGUAAAAUACAUUAAAUACUCCCCUUCACCAAAUGCACGAUCACGAUCACUUCUUGCCUACAAGGGGGUGAGAAUGCAGUGAGUCGAGCGGGAACUAGGCCGCGAGGUUUUUCUUCCUUUUUCAUUCUUUAAGCAAAAAAAAACGAACAAAAUAAUCGAAAAAUAAACCCCAAAAAAAGGAGCAACAAAAGAGAGAACAUAAAACUCACACAAUAACAUUACAUACAUACAUAUUCCAUUUACUAAAAACAAACCAAACAAAGAAUCAUACAGAGCUUGACUUGACUUGGGUCUAGGUUUUCCUUUUCCCUUUCCCCCCCCCCCCCCCCCAUCCCCAUCUUCUUUCUCGAUCGUUGAUUGAUUAGAUGUUAGGUGCUUUUUUAGACGUAAUGGGGAGGCGUGAAAGUGUUGGACAAAUGAUAAAGAUGAUAUAAAUAGAUAAAACACAGAGCGAACAGGAACGAGCAGCAAAAGGAGAAGGAAGUUGGACAAACGUGGUUGAUCGGGCACAGCAUACCUGAGAACAAGCUAUGGUUUCGAAAAUAAACAAAAAGAUAAAAAUGGUAACACAACGCAAACAAUUCACAACUCGCACAACCAUCGCCACACACUCACACACAGACACACACUUAGCACAUUUAAGGGGAGAAAAAGCAUAUAAAAUUGUUAAAACAUUAAUCAAUUCAAUACUAAACUAACUUACCAACGUCGAUCAAAGCCCGUACGAUCGUUUGAUCGUUUCUUUCUUCCACAAGAAACAUCCACUAACUGAAUGAAACCACUGUCCCAAAAGGAUUGAUUUCUUCUCUUCCCACUCUUCCGUAUGCAAAAGAGGAAAAUGACGUCAGAGCGGUACGACUUUCACAUCAUUAAAACAUAUAAUCACAAACAAUCAAACAAACAAACACCUACUCAUCCGGAAAUUAAGGAGCACGAAUGGCAGGCCCCGAAGAGAGGACGCCCCGCGCGCGUAUCAGGCAGUGUAUGCAAACAUGCUCUCACGUUGUUUGCCCUGAAUUGUGAUUAUAAAUACUAUUAUCAAAAUACUUUAAUGCAAAACGUAGCAAAAACCCACACACACACAAUCCACACUGUUGUAGCACGUUCAAUGCGUUCGGCAAGACGAGACAAGUUAGAAAGACAAGAUAAGUUAAACAAACAAACAAAAAACGCAAAACUCCUGCAUCGUGGUACUCAACAAACGGAAGAGGUAGAUAAAACAGAAACAGAAAGCAAAACCAAAAAAAAAGAACUCUCUACUUGUAAAAAGCUAAACCAAUCUAACAAAAACGAAAAAAGAAAACAUACAAAAAAAACUGAACGCCCAACCUAUGGAUAUUAUACCUUUGACGCAUAAAAAGGAAAUGGAAAGUGGGGGAAACAUAGAAAGCGAAAGAGUAAAAUCGAGAUGAGAAUAGAAGAAGAAAAAAUCGCUGAAAAAGAGGAAAAGAACAAAACAAAAUAUAUUUGCUAUAUACCAAUUGCCUUGCACUGAUAUAAAAAAGAGAAGAUAAACAGAAGUAAAUAAACAAAAAAGCUAGAAAGCUGUGUAAAGUUAAAAGCAUAUUUAACUAAUCACACACAAACACUCACACACUCACACACAUAUAGCGCGCGCGUGCGUCACAUAUGUCUGCCUUUGUAGGCGCAUGGAGGUUGCUAUCGUCUCUGGGCCUGUGUGCGUGUGUAUGUAUGUGUGCAUGGUUUUGGUGUGCAUAUAUCCUUUACAAACGCACACAUACAUACACUGACACACACAGCACAGAAAAGCUGUAAUAUAAAUCAACAAACAACAACAACAACAGCAACAACAACAACAAAGCUAUUCUUUCCCAAGUUUUACCCGCAUUCGUUCUAGCGAAAUGAACAAAGUAGUAUGCAGAAAGGAAAAGUAAGAAGAAGAGAAGAAAAAAAUACACAAACAAGAGUAAAGAGUGUAAAAGAAGUUAAAACGCGAUUUAAGAAAAAAGUAAAUCAUGGAUUCAUAAGUGAGAUUAGAAAAGAAAUGAAAUUGCCGAAAGUAGUGUUGAAAAGAAUGGGGAAAAAGUAAGCAAAAAAGGUAAAAAGUUGUAAAAAAACAUACAAAAAAACACAUACAAACUUCUAUUACGCCACUGAAAGUGCUGUUUCCUCUUAUUUCUUCAAGUAUUCUUCAAGUUAAUAAUGCAACAACAACAAAAAAUAUGAGAAAAACAAAACAAACGCAAGAGAGUUUUCCACUUAAACACACAAACACACAUACAAACACAAGAAACAAAAAACACAGGAGAACAGCAGCAAACAUACAGUGCUAGUGGGCAGCAAACUCAACUCGUUAGUGUACGUUAAACAGUUUUUCUUGUUGGUGGUUUCGCUUCCAGCAGUCCUACCGGGAGAGAGAGAGAGAGAGAGAGGACAUUCGAAGCGACUCCACCAUGACUCACAUACACACAAACACAUGUUUUGGGGGGGAAGGGGGCGCGAAAGGCCGAUCCGUGUACAUAGAAAGUGAUGCAAGGGGAAAGCGCAGUGGACUGGACAUGAUCGUAUGCCGCACUUUGUGUCGUUUCUCCGAGACGAUCACGUUUACACUUUAGGUUUUGUUUGCAAAACGACUACGUUUGAGCUACUGCCAAGGGACUACUACUACUACUACUACUACUACUACUACUGUUACACGAACGAUAUUAGCUGUCUGGGAGCCAGUGAGAUAGGUUACAUUUACGUGCGCCGUACGGCCAUUAUUGUUCGCUCUGUUUUCACCAACAAAACCACUCUUCCAACGCCUUUGCCUUGUGGCGCGCGUUUGUUUUUAUCCUUUUGCGCAACCAGUGCAUCAACUGCAUCAAAAAGCCUGUAUAUUUAUGUUUAGUUGUUUAAGCAAUGUUAAUGUUUUGUUUCCUUCGAAUGAUUUAAUGCUUGUUACGUUCGAUGUUUGUAGUGUAAUUUAUUAGUAAAAAGGCAAUUUGUUUGGUAAAAAGUCUCGCCCGCCUGGUCGGGAGGAAACCCCCACUUUAUGUAGGUAAGAGUUUGUGUAAAAUAUAAAUAGAAACAGUUGAACAGUCCACGAUCGAACACGAAAGGAGAACAGCAUCCAACAAACUGUUAUUUACAUACUUUUUCUUCGAUAACAAUUAUACUCGCUUUAAAUCAAACAAACAAAGAAAAAAUACAAAAAUCGAACACAAAAACAACCAGAAAAAAUGAUUUUCAAUUUCUCACGUGGAAGAGUCAGUACUCCAUUGCUCCAUUUGAAUGAUCGUGUCGUUUUCCACUCUGAAGCCAGAUGGAUCGUUUGAAAGCAGGCUUGACACACACACAUACACACACAAAACCUUCUCUGUCUUUCCCCCAAAAAAAAGGAAAAUACAUUCACACAUAACACACAAACACAGACACAUUAUGCGCAAAACAACACAACAGCAACAACAAAAUGGCUCUAGUAGAGAGGUAAGGGGGCACUUGGGUUGGGGUUGAGAAAUUGGUUACGGGUCCUCUUUAUUCAAACCGAUUCGCUUUUAAGCCAUCAUACGUGAAGGUGUAUGAUAUCAGCUAGUAAUGAAAAAAAGAAAAACAAGAAAAAUCGCAACAACAAAAAAACUAAAGUCAUGAUAAAACUAAAAAAAGAAAAGUGUGUAACAAAUUAAAACUAAAGAGCAAAACAAGAAAAAAAGAAGAGAAAAAACAUAGAAGACGAGCAGAAGAAGAAGAAAAAAACAAGACACCCAAUAGUUAGACUAAAAAGAAGCGAUAAAAGAAAGAAAAGAUUUCAAACAAAUGAUCUUUAUGCAAAAAAGCGAGCUGACUUACAACAUAAAUUUAAAGAAAACGGGACGGGAGAAAACGUGGAAACACACACACAUACACGCGUAAGCUAUUUCUUCAUACAGUUACUAGUAUACACACCAUUACACACACAUAUACAAUUACCUUACCGAAAGAGAAAAAAACACUCACAUACACAUAAACGCAUCGCAUAGGCAGUCAAAGGUUCAUUCCGGUUCCGGAUACACUUCCCUCGGUAAAAUCGGAACAACUGCUAGUAAAAACAGAGUGUGGUAAACAAAUGUGACUAAAAGAUGAGAAAACAAAACAAGUAGCUCGCAAGCGUACACUACAAUACACUACAAAAAAAAA